CUGUGAGGCUGAGGCGUCUCCUGCUGAGGCUGCUUUUGCUCGGGCGGCGGCGGCCGUGGUGACGGCGGCGACGGCGGCCCGCUCUCCCCGCUCCCCGCGCUUCUUCUCCCCGGCCCGCCAGCCGAGGCCGCCACCCGGGCCCCAAGAUGCCGGCCGUGUCCAAGGGGGACGGGAUGCGGGGCCUGGCGGUCUUCAUCUCAGACAUCCGCAACUGCAAAAGUAAAGAAGCAGAAAUAAAGAGGAUCAAUAAAGAACUGGCGAACAUACGAUCGAAAUUUAAAGGUGACAAGGCUCUUGAUGGCUAUAGCAAAAAAAAAUAUGUCUGCAAGUUGCUCUUCAUCUUCCUCCUGGGCCACGACAUUGACUUUGGACACAUGGAGGCUGUGAACCUGCUGAGCUCCAACCGAUACACGGAGAAGCAGAUUGGCUAUCUCUUCAUCUCAGUGCUGGUCAACUCCAACAGUGAGCUGAUCCGCCUAAUCAAUAAUGCCAUCAAGAACGACCUGGCUAGCCGGAACCCCACCUUCAUGGGCCUGGCACUGCAUUGCAUCGCCAAUGUGGGCAGCCGCGAGAUGGCUGAGGCAUUUGCUGGGGAGAUUCCCAAGAUCCUUGUGGCUGGAGACACCAUGGACAGCGUGAAGCAGAGUGCCGCCCUGUGUCUGCUGCGCCUCUACCGAACGUCCCCCGACCUCGUGCCCAUGGGUGACUGGACUUCUCGGGUGGUGCACCUCCUCAACGACCAGCACCUGGGUGUGGUGACGGCAGCCACAAGUCUGAUCACUACGUUAGCACAGAAGAACCUGGAAGAGUUUAAAACCUCCGUCUCCUUGGCCGUCUCCAGACUGAGCAGAAUCGUGACGUCUGCGUCCACGGACCUUCAGGACUACACCUACUACUUUGUUCCCGCCCCCUGGCUGUCAGUGAAGCUGCUGAGGCUACUCCAGUGCUACCCGCCCCCAGAAGAACCCGCAGUGAGGGGCCGCCUGACCGAGUGUCUGGAGACGGUCCUUAAUAAGGCCCAGGAGCCCCCAAAGUCAAAGAAGGUCCAACAUUCUAACGCCAAGAAUGCAGUGCUCUUUGAAGCCAUCAGCUUAAUCAUUCACCACGACAGUGAACCCAACCUGCUGGUCCGCGCCUGCAACCAGCUGGGCCAGUUCCUACAGCACCGGGAAACCAACCUGCGUUACCUGGCACUGGAGAGCAUGUGCACACUGGCCAGUUCCGAGUUCUCGCACGAGGCCGUUAAGACGCACAUCGAGACCGUCAUCAACGCCCUCAAGACGGAGCGAGACGUGAGCGUGCGGCAGCGGGCUGUGGACCUACUAUAUGCCAUGUGUGACCGCAGUAAUGCCCAGCAGAUUGUGGCCGAGAUGCUGAGCUAUCUGGAGACGGCUGACUAUUCCAUCCGUGAGGAGAUUGUGCUUAAGGUGGCCAUCCUGGCAGAGAAGUAUGCCGUGGACUACACGUGGUAUGUGGACACCAUCCUGAACCUGAUCCGCAUCGCAGGUGAUUAUAUCAGUGAGGAAGUGUGGUACCGUGUCAUCCAGAUUGUCAUCAACAGAGACGAUGUACAGGGCUACGCCGCCAAGACUGUGUUUGAGGCUCUCCAAGCACCAGCGUGCCAUGAAAAUCUGCUCAAAGUGGGCGGCUACAUCUUAGGGGAGUUUGGAAACUUGAUAGCAGGGGACCCAAGAUCCAGCCCCCUGAUCCAGUUCAGCUUACUCCACUCUAAGUUCCAUCUGUGCAGCGUCCCCACCAGGGCACUCCUCCUGUCCACGUACAUCAAAUUUGUGAACCUCUUCCCAGAGGUGAAGGCCACCAUCCAGGACGUGCUGCGCAGUGACAGUCAGCUCCGGAAUGCUGACGUGGAGCUGCAGCAGCGGGCUGUGGAGUAUCUACGGCUCAGUACCAUCGCCAGCACCGACAUCCUGGCCACUGUCCUGGAGGAGAUGCCCCCGUUCCCAGAGCGCGAGUCCUCCAUCUUGGCCAAGCUCAAGAAGAAGAAGGGUCCUGGCACGGUGACAGACCUGGAGGGGAGCAAGCGGGAGCGGAGCGCCGACAUGAACGGGGCUGCUGAGCCCGCCCCUGCCAACACCAGCGCUGCGUCUACUCCUUCGCCGUCGGCUGACCUCCUGGGUCUCGGGGCUGUGCCCUCCGUCCCUACAGGCCCCCCACCCUCCUCUGGUGGUGGCGGUGGGCUGCUCGUGGACGUGUUCUCGGACUCGGCUUCGGCAGUUGCGCCUCUCGCUCCCGGCUCUGAAGAUAACUUCGCCAGGUUCGUCUGCAAAAAUAAUGGUGUGCUCUUUGAGAACCAGCUGCUUCAGAUUGGACUAAAGUCUGAAUUCCGGCAGAACUUAGGUCGGAUGUUUAUAUUUUAUGGUAACAAGACUUCGACACAGUUCUUAAAUUUUACACCAACGCUAAUCUGCUCUGAUGGCCUGCAGUCCAAUCUGAACCUGCAGACCAAGCCAGUGGAUCCGACGGUGGACGGGGGUGCGCAGGUGCAGCAGGUGGUCAACAUCGAGAGCCUGUCCGACUUCUCUGAGGCCCCCGUCCUCAACAUCCAGUUCAGGUAUGGGGGAACCUUCCAGAAUGUGUCCGUAAAGCUGCCCAUCACACUCAACAAGUUUUUCCAGCCCACAGAGAUGGCAUCUCAGGAUUUCUUCCAGCGCUGGAAGCAGCUGAGCAAUCCACAGCAGGAAGUACAGAACAUCUUCAAAGCCAAACACCCGAUGGACACGGAAGUCACCAAGGCCAAGAUUAUUGGGUUUGGUUCUGCGCUCCUUGAAGAGGUCGAUCCUAAUCCUGCCAAUUUUGUGGGCGCCGGUAUCAUCCACACCAAAACCACCCAGAUAGGAUGUUUGCUGCGCCUGGAGCCCAACCUGCAAGCCCAGAUGUACCGACUCACAGUGCGGACCAGCAAGGACACCGUCUCCCAGCGGCUGUGGGAGCUGCUGUCGGAGCAGUUCUAG